ACGAGCUCGUCGGGGACCCGCUGGAAAAGUCCGGUUGAAGCAUGGCGGUGACCAGUCGGGUGCGAGUGGGCAGGGCCGCGCAGCUCCCCCUGCUGCAAAAUUUACUCAACCCAAGAAGAGCUUUCCAUGCUUUGAGCUUCACACAACAGCGUAAAGUGUUACUGUCGCAUGAAGAUGCGAGGAAAUGCCUCCCAACAUUUCAACAGAACAGGAUGUUCCACCCAUCCUGGCCAAGCUCAGCCAAGAAGGACUAUUAUGAUAUCUUGGGAAUAUCAAGGAAUGCCUCUGCAAAGGAUAUAAAAAAGGCAUAUUAUCAGUUGGCAAAGAAGUAUCAUCCAGACACAAAUAAAGAUGACCCAAAAGCUGGUCAGAAGUUUCAAGAACUCUCAGAAGCCUAUGAGGUGCUCAGCGACGACACCAAGAAGCGCGAGUACGACGCGUGGGGCGCCACCCGCGAGCAGAUGGGUAACGCCGGCCGCGGCCAGCCCGGCGGCUUCGGCAGGCAGCAGUGGGACUUCCAGUCACAGGUGGACCCCGAGGAGCUGUUCCGGAAGAUAUUCGGCGACUUCGGCCAGCGCGGCGCAGGGUUUGGGGACAGCUUCGAUCAAAACUUUGAAGAGUCGAGGUUCGGGUUCGGUGCCUCUCAGGAAGUGGCGAUGAACCUGACGUUCCAGCAGGCGGCGCGCGGCGUCAACAAGGAGAUCACGAUCAACACGGUAGACACGUGCCCGGUGUGCGGUGGCGCGCGCGCCGCGCCCGGCACCAAGGCAGUGCGCUGCCCGCAGUGUCACGGCACCGGCAUGGAGACUAUCAGCACAGGGCCGUUCGUGAUGCGCUCCACCUGCCGCCAAUGUCAGGGCACGCGCAUGCACAUCCCGCACAGGUGCGUCGAGUGCAACGCCAAGGGCAGCACCGUGCAGCGCAAGACCAUCAGCGUUCCUGUGCCUGCUGGCGUGGAGGACGGCCAGACGGUGCGGAUGCAGGUGGGCGGCAAGGAGCUGUUCAUCACGUUCCGGGUGUCCCGGUCCGACUACUUCCGGCGGGACGGCGCCGACGUACACACCGACUGCUGGGUCAGCCUGACCCAGGCCGUGCUGGGCGGCGCCUCACGGGUGCAGGGCAUCUACGAGGACCUGACGGUGCGGAUACCGGCCGGCACCUCCUCCCACACGCGCGUUCGCAUCAACGGCAAGGGCAUCCGGCGGGUGAACGCCCACGGCUACGGCGACCACUACGUGCACAUCAAGAUCAAGGUGCCGGAGCGGCUAGACGAGCGCCAGCGGGCGCUGUUCACCGCCCUGGCCGAACUCGAGUCGGGCGGCUCCGGCUCUGUGGACGGCUUCACACACGACAAGGACGGAGAGCGCGUAGCCACGGAUGACCUGCACGGCCUGCUGGACCGGCUGCGCGCCGCCCUGUCCAGCCCGCCGGCCCCGGACGCGGCCGAACCGUCCCAGCCGGCCGACACCGGCGCCUCGGAGGGUGAGAAGGCCGGGACGGCUGCGAGCCGGGAGACCGAGGCCUCGGAGAGCCGGGAGACGAAGACGGAGACCGCGAGCCGCCAGGCGGGCUGAGAGGCUGGGAGCGUGGCCAGCACACCUGGUCGGCCCGGCCGCCGGCCGAUGGGCACUGUCACAGGCCUGGGCCCGGCGGACCGGCGAAUGAACGGACGAUCUCCCUGCGGACCGGAGCACGGUCUCCCGGCGGACUGGGGCGCUGUCUCCUAGCGGACCGGAGGAUGGUCUCCCGGCGUACCACCGGGAGGCGAUCUCCCGGCGGACCGACGGACGGUCUCAGCGUACCGGAGGACGAUCUCCCAGCGUACCGGAAGACGGUCUCCCAGCAUACCGGAGGAUAGUUUCCCAGCGGAUCGAGGCACGGUCUCCCGGCGGAGCGGCGGACGGUCUCGUGGCGUUGGGACGGCGCUACAGCCCCCGUGGCUCGGUCGUAGUGACAGUGCUGUAGCUGUAGCCGGCCCGGCGGGCGAGGUCGGCUGUUGAAGGAUCGGUCGGCUGGCUGUGCCCCCUCCCCCUCCCCAUGCUAGGAUUUCGGCAACGGUCUGCGUUGACCGUCGGGAAAGGCAAUAAACCUCUUCUGAACAGAUGAAACUCAUUUAAAGGAAUCGUUCGGCCGUGCCUAACCACUUUUCGGAUUAAAGCGGGGCAAAUGGGGAACUGCACUUGAUCGCGAAUUGUUGCCACCGUUAGUAUGACGAUGAGGGCUGGCGUUAUGCUGAAGACUGGUGAGCGCAACGACUUGCAUCUAUACCAAUGGCCUUGUUGCAGGGACAUGUUUUUCCAUCUGGUGUACAUGUGUGUGUGCUAGUGCAAUUGUCUUGAUGUGAAGACAUUACAAGGACAUGACAUGACUGCA